AUGACGCGCUUCCUCGGGAUGAGUACAGCUCACAGCGCAAUGCUUUUGGCAUGGGCGGUGUAUUUGAUACUUGCUUUGAGCCUGAGCUUUUACGAUGCGUUGCCCUACGCGAUUUUCACAGUCCUCUGUGUGUCGAUCUACUUGCUGAAGUACUUUGAGGAUUCCAUCCCGGUCCCAGCUACGCCUGCGCUUGCCUGUCAUGCCUGCCUCGCCGUGCUAGGGGCAUUAGCGCUCGUCAUCAUCGCCUGGCAGAUCGCAACGGCUCCUGGAGAGCUACGCCUGUUCAAGGUGCAGUCGGUGAUUGGAUUCUGUGCACUCGUGGGUUUUUCAUUUCUGACUUCUCACAAGAGGUCGAACAUCCCUUGGAGGCUCGUCGCGGCUGGCCUGUUAUGCCAGUUCUACCUUGGUGUGUUCGUGUUCAGGAGUCGUACAGGGCACAAGAUCUUUGAGUCCAUGGGAGAUGCAGUGUCGACUUUCUUGAACUUUGCUGAUGUGGGUGCAAUGUUUGUGUUUCAAGACUCAGACAAGACCUUCGCGGCGAACCAUAUAUUCGCAUUCAGCGUGCUCCCCAAGACGGUUUUCUUUUCGGCGGUCUGCUCAAUCAUGUAUUACUUGGGUGUUCUGCAGGCCACCGUGCGGGUAGUGGCGGCAGUCCUGAGGUUUGCGUUCGGUAGCAGCACUGUGGAGUCUGUGAACGCCGCGGGCAAUAUCUUCCUCGGGCAGACCGAGGCUCCUUUGCUGGUGAGGAACAUUCUUCCCAGCGCAACCCCAUCGGAAAUACACUGCAUCAUGACAGGGGGCUUUGCCACGGUGGCUGGAGGGGUACUCGCCGCGUACAUCGCCAUGGGCGUAAGCCCUAGCCAGCUCAUCGGAGCAUCGGUCAUGUCGGCCCCUGCCGCGCUGACAAUCUCGAAGAUCGUCUGCCCGUCGGGUGUGACGGUGGAGAAGCCGUCUGACAACGAAUGUAGCAUCACGGCCAGCGACUCAGACGUAGAGGACGACGCGUCGGACGCGACUGGGGACACCACCGCCACGGCCGAGGACACCGAGUUCGUCUUCCCAGCACCCUCCGAGAAAAACAUAGUGGAAGCCGCCGCCAAUGGGUCGAGCAUUGCCAUAGCGCUCGUCCUGAACAUCGCGGCGAUGCUAAUCUCUUUCCUCUCGCUCAUCGCGUUCUUGGACACGGUGCUGUGGAAGCUUGGGGCCAUGGUGCAGAUAACCUUGUCGUUCGAGGUGGUGUGCGGGUGGUUAUUCUUUCCAGUGGCGUGGAUCAUCGGAACACCAUAUGAGGACUGUGGCACUGUCGCCAGUCUCAUCGGCACCAAGAUCUUCCUGAAUGAAUUUGUGGCCUACCAGAAACUGUCCACGAUGAUCGGGGUGCAUCGGGCCAUCAGUCCACGCGGUGAGCUCAUCGCUACCUACUCGCUGUGUGGGUUUUCUAAUAUCGCUUCUAUCGGGGUCCAGGUUGGGGGCCUGGCUGCGCUGUGCCCAGAGAAGAAAUACGUGUACGUCGAUUUGGUCGUUUCGGCGAUGAUCGCAGGCAACACGUGCUGCCUCAUGACUGCCGCUGUGGCGGGAAUUCUGUCAUAA